GUCCAGAGAAACAAAUGAUCCUGCCGUGACGGACAAACCAGAACUCUCAGCAGCACGGGCAACACCAAGACCACAGGACCUCCUUCUGAAUUUGCUGUACGUAGUUGAUCAUGGCAGGGACAACUGUUGUAGUUCAGCCAGCACCAAAGGCUGUGCCUCGUGUCACUUUUUGGACUACUGGUCUGUGCGACUGCUGCCAGGACAUGAAUAACUGCUGCUUUGCAUUCUGGUGCUGUCCUUGCCAUGCUUGCUCCACAACAGAAAAAUUUGGUGAGAACAGAUGCCUGCCCCUGGUGGAUAUCUGCGGCCCAGCGGUGAUGGCGGCUUUUGGGGUCGCUAUUUGUGUGCCACCAGUGGCACUUUCCAUGAGGGUGGCAGUACGCUACAGAUACCAAAUCUCGGGUGACAUCUGUGAGGACAUCGCCAUUACCUGCUUCUGUGCUUGGUGCUCUUGGUGUCAGAUGAACAGAGAGAUAACGCAACGUCAACAACGUGCCAUGGUCAUCAGCAGCCAGCCGGUGGUCCCAGUCGUCACCACUCAGCCGGCGGCAGUAAUAGUCAGCGCAGUGUAGCCAACAGAGACUCACGUUUUCUCACACAAUUAAGAAUCACCAGCUGGCAUUAUCAAUAAUUCUCUCAUGGAAUAUGUUAUUUUUUUACUAAGUGGUGUGAUGUUCACAGGGUAUUUUGGAAAUAUAAAUUCUAAUAAUUACACUGUAAUUACACAAUGCAUAUACUAAAAUAUCAGUGCAGCACAUCAUAAACAUUAUACACGGUGAGCCAUUUAUAUGGAUGCACCUUAAUAAAAUGGGAAUGGUUGGUGAUAUUAGCUUCCUGUUUGUGGCACAUUAGUAUAUGGGAGGGGGGGGGACUUUUCAAGAUGGGUGGUGACCAUGGCGACUAUUUUGUAGUCGGCUAAUUUUAUUUUCUUCAGUGAGAAGAGGGUCAUGUGACACAACAAACUUAUUAAUAACAAUGGUGUGCUUGGUUUUAACAUAACUUUAUUCCUUUUUUAUGAGUUAUUUACAAGUUUCUGCCCACUUAUAAAAUGUGUUUAAAGUGCUGCUCAUUGUGUUCACACAGAAGAAAUGCCAGCACAGGCUUCCAGUAUCCGUAGUUUCAGGUGCUGCACAUCUUGUAUCUUCACAGCAUAGACCACUGCCUUCAGAUAACCCCAAAGAUAAAAGUCUAAGGGGGCAGAUCGGGAGACUUUGGGAGCCAUUCAACUGGCUCACAAUGACCAAUCAACUUUCCAGGAAACUGUUCAUCUAGGAAUGCCCGGACCUGACACCCAUAAUGUGGUGGUGCACCAUAUUGCUGAAAAAACUCAUCAUCAUCACAUCAUCAUGUAGCAAUUUCACAUAUCCAGUGGCCUUGAGGUUUCAUUGAUGAAGAAUGGUCCCACUACCUUUAUACCCCAUAUACCACCAAUUUUUGUGUUCCAGCAGUCUUGAAGUGAUCUAUCCAGUGUGGGUUAGUGUCAGACCAAUAGUGGUGGUUUUGUUUGUUAACUUUUUUCCAUUCACAUAAAAGUUUGUUUAAACUGAGGGUCCUGUUCCAAUUGUUGCUUUUACACAGAUCUGGGUCAUUCUUGAUGAGAAGCUGCAGCAGCUGGAGUUUGUAAGGGUGCCAUUUGUGAGUAGCUUAUAUCCGCCGAAGAGAUGUUCGACUGAUGCCACUCUCCACUGGCGGCGAGUGCUACGCUGUGGGCUCUUGCUGAAUAAAGCUAGCACAGCCACUGAUGUGUCUACGUUAGUCGCAGUUUUCAUGCGUCCACAUUUUGGCAAAUCCAACACUGAACCAGUUUCACGAAAACUGGGCAAGCUUUUUGCUAACUGUAGCAUGGGAGAUAGGCGGUCUCGUAGGGUGUCUUGCAUUAAAAUCUGCUGCAAUGACCCAGGUUCUGCGUUCACCAGACAUCAGCACAAUUUCUUUCCGCUCCUAACGUGUUAACCUCUGCGACGUGUUAAGGGCUGUAUACAAAGAGAAACUUGUAAAUAACUCAUGAAAGGAUAAAGUUAGGUUAAAACCAAGCACAACACGUUUUUCUUGUGAAAUUUGAUGAAGUUUGAUGUGUCACAUGACCCUUUUCGUAUUGAAAAAACUAAAGUUGGAUCCAAAAUGUCUUCAAGACUUCAAAAUGGUUAUGGUCACCACCCAUCUUGAAAACCUUUCCUUCUCCCAUAUACUAAUGUGCCACAAACAAGAAGUUGAUAUCACCAACCAUUCCCAUUUAAUUUAGGUGUAUCCAUUUAAAUGUCCCCUCCAAAUCCUAUAGAGCAUGCAUUUUACUUGCUAAAGAGGAGACUGAAAGGAGUAACCCCCCAAAACAAACACCAGCUGAAAGAAUCUAUGGUGAAAACCUGGAAAAGCAUCACAAAAGAGGAAUUCAAAUGUUUGGUGGUGUUGGUGAGUCACCGGCUUACUAAAUAUAUAGUCUUAAUUACUUACAUUUAUUUUAAGUAUUCUGUUCCAAUAUUUUUGUAAGAAAAAUGUGGGUUCAGACAGAAGGUGCUAUCUUCAAAACAGAUGUAAAUACAAAGCUGGAAAUAAAAGCUGAAAUGUUGA